CCCGGGCCCCGCACGCCUGCCUUGCGCGGGCGCCGCCGCACCUGAGGGCGGAGCUAAGCCCGAGACCCGCCCGCUCCCGGGCGCGAAGCCCCCUCCCCGCGUCCCUCCCGCCGCGCUGCAGACGCGCGCAGGUACGUGAGGCCUCGCCCGCCCGGGACCAGGAGACGCGGGCUCGCCAUGGAGCACAUCCGCACGCCUAAGGUUGAAAAUGUCCGCUUGGUAGAUCGAAUAUCUUCUAAAAAGGCGGCCCUUGGUACUUUGUAUUUGACGGCUACUCAUGUCAUAUUUGUGGAAAAUGCACCUGACACAAGGAAAGAAACAUGGAUUCUUCACAGUCAGAUUUCCACCAUCGAGAAACAGGCGACAACGGCUACCGGGUGCCCUCUGCUCAUUCGCUGCAAGAACUUUCAGCUCUUACAGCUCAUCAUCCCUCAGGAAAGGGACUGCCAUGACGUUUACAUCUCUCUCAUCCGCCUUGCAAGGCCAGUGAAAUAUGAGGAGUUGUACUGCUUUUCAUUCAACCCCAAGCUGGAUAGAGAAGAAAGGGAACAAGGCUGGAUGCUGAUCGAUCUCAGUGAAGAGUACAAGCGAAUGGGCCUCCCUGAUAAUUACUGGCAGCUCAGCGAUGUGAACAGAGAUUACAGAGUUUGUGACUCUUACCCUACGGAGCUGUACGUUCCCAGAACGGCCACGGCACACAUCAUCGUGGGGAGUUCCAAAUUCCGGAGCAGACGGCGAUUUCCUGUCCUUUCUUACUACCAUAAAGAUAACCACGUCUCCAUCUGCCGGAGCAGCCAGCCCCUGUCUGGCUUCAGUGCCCGGUGCCUGGAGGACGAGCAGAUGCUCCAGGCCAUCAGGAAGGCCAGUCCAGGAAGCGACUUCAUUUACGUCGUGGACACUCGGCCUAAACUUAAUGCGAUGGCAAAUCGUGCUGCAGGGAAAGGCUAUGAGAGCGAAGACAAUUAUUCCAAUAUCAAGUUUCAGUUUAUCGGGAUAGAGAACAUCCAUGUCAUGAGGAACAGUCUGCAAAAAAUGCUGGAAGUGUGUGAACUUAAAUCUCCCUCCGUGAGUGAUUUUCUUUGGGGACUGGAGAACUCUGGCUGGUUGAGGCAUAUUAAGGCCAUCAUGGAUGCAGGAAUCUUCAUUGCAAAGGCAGUUUCAGAGGAAGGGGCAAGUGUGCUUGUUCAUUGUUCCGAUGGCUGGGACAGGACUGCUCAGGUGUGCUCGGUGGCCAGCCUCCUGCUGGACCCUCACUACCGGACUCUGAAGGGCUUCAUGGUAUUAAUUGAAAAGGACUGGAUUUCCUUUGGUCAUAAGUUUAAUCACAGAUAUGGCAACCUAGAUGGUGAUCCCAAAGAAAUCUCUCCAGUUAUUGACCAGUUCAUUGAGUGCGUCUGGCAGUUAAUGGAACAAUUUCCCUGUGCCUUUGAGUUUAAUGAGAGGUUUUUGAUUCAUAUUCAACACCACAUCUAUUCCUGCCAGUUUGGAAACUUCCUAUGUAACAGCCAGAAGGAGAGACAAGAACUCAAAAUUCAAGAAAGAACAUACUCUUUAUGGGCUCACCUGUGGAAGAAUCGGGGUGACUACCUGAACCCUCUAUUUAGAGAUGAUCCCAGUCAGACCCAGGGAACCCUCCAUCUCCCCAUGACACCAUGCAACUUCAUGUACAAAUUUUGGAGCGGAAUGUAUAACCGCUUUGAAAAGGGACUGCAGCCCCGACAGUCGGUCACAGAUUACCUUAUGGCUGUGAAGGAGGAAACCCAGCAGCUGGAGGAAGAACUCGAGGCCCUAGAAGAAAGGCUGGAAAAGAUUCAGAAAGUCCAGUUAAAUCGCACUCAAGUGAAGAGUAAGCAAAGUGAACCCAGCAGACACUCAGGGUUUUCUACCUCAGACAACAGCACAGCCAACACUCCCCAGGAUUACAGCGGGAAUAUGAAAUCAUUUCCAUCCAGGAGCCCUUCACAGGGCGAUGAAGAUUCUGCUUUGAUUCUAACCCAAGACAAUUUGAAAAGCUCAGACCCAGAUCUGUCAGCCAACAGUGACCAAGAGUCUGGGGUGGAGGAUCUGAGCUGCCGCUCCCCCAGCGGCGGGGAGUGUGUGCCGAGUGAGGACAGCGGCAAGGACCGGGAUUCGGACGAGGCCGUGUUUCUCACGGCCUGAAGGUCCCCCCUGGGGGGACACACAGAAACACGUUCCAGAAAUAAGGGAACAGUGCAAUUUCAAACGAACGACAAAGUAGCCCAACAAAUGAUACAGGUCCUUGAGAAUUAUAAAAUGUAGCAGUGAAAAGAGAAAAGCCCAACUUUUAGUUCCUUCAGGUGUUGAAGAACAGGAAGUAGCCAUUUCUUUUAUCAAACAAGUAUAAGGAAAAUGAUUCCCCAUUUUGAAAAUCAUUCUAGACUGUGGAAGAAGUUCCAUUCACUACAGAGCAAUGACCUCUACCAUCACCUGAGGUUAUCAAUGCAAAUCUUCCUUGAUAGCCUGCAGCUGGUCAGAAAGUGCCCUGACCUCUUCACACUUAUCACUUUAGUCUUUCCCCUUAUUUCACUUCCAGAUGCAUAUUCUGUUUCCUAAAAUAUUUUGUUACCUUCCUUCCUGACUCUGUUAUCAGUAUUUCUAAUAAUGGAACACAUUGUGGCUAAUAGACAUAUUUCUGUAACUGAUGAGCUCUGUAACUGCUCUUAAGCUUAUCAUUCAGGUUUAUUGUUCACUUUAACUUUCUCUUAGGUAAUAUAUUUUAAAUCGUUAUAAUAAUUUCGUUGCCUUUUCCUGGAAUUUCAUAUUGCUCCUUAUUUAAAAAACGCUAAGACUUACAACACACUUUUCUCUAACACCAGUGUACCACCUAAUAAAGUAGAAACAACAUUUA